GCCUGGGCACUAGUUGCGUUUUGAAAAACCUAAAGUUCAUCAUGGCUGACGACAGGGAAGGAGAAAAUGGGAAAAUAAAUGUUGUUGUAAAAACUUCAAAGAACAAAGAAACCAUUGAAACAGAGGCAACUGCAACUAUACUGAAGGUAUUAUCUUGCAAUUGAUAACUUAAUUCAAAGUAUUUUUGAUAAUCUUCUUGCUUUUUUUUCUAGUUCAAAGAACUGGUCUCCAUCAAAUUCAAUGCUCCAGUACAUCAGUUGUGUCUUAUUUUCGCCGGUCGAAUUUUGAAAGACGGGGAUACACUGGCUUCUUAUUGUGAGUCUUUUCAUUUCAUCGUUGACAAAUUAUAUGUUCGAAUCAGUGUGAGGGAUUUCAAUGUUCUAACUUUCUGGUUUUUAUUUAAUUUGCAGCAAUAAAAGACGGCUUUACGGUUCAUCUUGUUAUCAAGUCGGAUAGGGUUAGUUGAAUCAUUUUUUUACCCUCUGGAAAGUUCGUAUUAUUUUAUUAUCGUUUGAGAUAUUGCAAUAAGUAGUUGGGUAAUCAGAAAGUAAAAUAUUUCAUCUGGAUUGAUCAAAUCAGCCUUUGACUUUAAAGUAAUUGCUUUUUGGCAAGAAAGUGUGAUCAUUUUUAGAUCUUUCUGUUAUGUAAGCCAUUUUUUAUUUAAUUCGCUGUUUGUUUGGUGAAAACGUUUCCAAAUUUGUGGCAUGUUGUAUUAAUUGAAGUAUCCUCCUUGGUAUGUCUUUAUUGGUAUGAUCUUUGAUUUAAUUAAAGAAACUGUUCAGAAACUGUUCAGCAUUAGUAGAAAACUAAUGAUGGAAAACUCAGAGCUCUUAAGUCGAUUUGCUAGCAAAGAGUGAUAUAUUUCGCUGCACUACCUUGGAUUGUGACAGGGUGGGUAUCACCUUUAGGGGGUGAGGGGGGUAUGGGGCCAUAUUCCACUGAAAAAUUAUGAAAAAAAUUAAGUAGCUAAGACAUGCACUCCUUUAAUCAGAAUGAAAAUUUCCAUCAUUGGAAAGUGUUUGAAGCAGGUAGGAAGGGAACAAGGAGUAAAUUAUAUCUAGUGGGAUAAUUUUUUUUUUAGGUAAUUAACUAAAGCAGCAGUUUGCUAUCUAAAAGUCAACAGUUUAAACCUGAAACCUUGAUGCAUGAGUAAUGAUAGUUUCAGGAUGAGACUGUAAGAAUCUCAUCAAUCUCAAAUGGAAUCUUGAUUGUAAAUUGCUGUUGGUAAUUUGUAUAUGUAAAUUCACAAGCCCUUGGGUGAUUAAGGAUUAAUUUCACAAUAAUUUUUAAAGUUUUUCCAAAAGUGCCUAAGUUGCAAGGCAACUUGGGAAUUUUUGGGAAAACUCAGAAAAUACAAGUGAAAUUAAUCCUUAAUUGCCCAAGGGCACUUGCAAUCACUUGUUUAUCAUGUAAAGGGUAAAAUUUUUGAGUGAAUUGCAUUUGCUCUCAAUGUCUGUGUGAUGACACUUUUCAAUGCAGCCACAAAUGUUAGAACAAAUGUAACUGAUCAGUUGAUUCAAUGAACAUUUUAUUUUUAAAAUACAGUUAACAAAGUUACAUGGCUUCAUUUGAUAAAUUGCAAUCAAUAAAUUGUUGCUACAGACAGCAAAAAGGCUCAUCAUGCCCUCUUGGUUACUUAAGUGCCUGUGUGAUUAAGAAAAAGUACCCUCUGUCUAAGCCAAUCAGCAUUCAAUGAUUUUGGCCCACAUGUGAUAAUUCCAAAAAAGAGACCUCAGGUAGUAUUUGGACUAAAAAGCACUUUGAAUGGGAGAAUAUUCUUGAGUUGAAGCCAGGGUAAACUAGAAAGAAAAAUAGAAAGGUUGUUAUAAGUAUAUUGGAUAUCAAUGUUACAUAUAACAGAUAUUGGUAAUUCCUCUUUUUACAGGCACAUCUGAAUCACUAAAAAGUUAUGUUUUCUUGACUUUAAGAUUAUUUGUUUACAGAUGUUAAGGUAUUCUCAUUUAUAUCAAGAUAACAGUUGUAACAAAAUUUCAGUCUGCCAAGGGAUGAAAUUGACAUGUUGUUCCACUUGAGAGAAAGCCGUAAUUUACACUUUUACUUUUAAAAUUUUGGAUAUGGCCCUCAAACUGUACUUAAACAUCAUCAUUAUAUUCCAGUACUGGUCCAUCUUCCGAUCUGAUGAUGAGCCAGACCUACAAGAACAUAUAUUUAAACUUACCUCCUUUCCUUAUAUUAGGCACAGCAACAGGCUGCCCAACAUGCCAGUGGUCAACAACAGGUACACCUUUCUUAUUCUGGAUAUGAUUUAGCUUGUGACCUAGAGGAUGCAAGAACUUCUUUGUUUAAAAAGGCACUAGCAAGUGUCAGCUAGAAACUAAAAUGGGGAGUAGACAGUGGAAACAGUAAAUACUCAGAAGGCAAAAGUCCCAUUUAGAAUCAUAAUCCUUCAAGUCACCAGAAUUCAUUGUUUGCAGCCAAAAGAACAACAAUACACAACAUUGCAGUGAAAAUGCUCAAUUGUUGGGCUGUAUAUUAUGAUUUUGUGAACUAAGAAUACCAAUAUUCACCAAGUUUCUUAAGGCCCUCAGAGCUUAAAAGUACAAAUGCGAGUUGGUUAAACAUACAAACCUUGGUUGCUAAUUAAAAAUACAUUGAACUAGGAAUUUAUUGAUCAUCAUGUAUCCCUGACAUUAAUAAAAAUUCCAAUAGGUUACUAUCUGCAAAUAAAUGGGCUAAGCAUUAGAUCAAACCUGUACACAGCUUAAUCCUUUCACUCCCACAAGUGACCAAGACAGAAUUUCUUCUUACAUUAUCAAUACAAUAUCAAGCAGGCAGGUGAUGAAAAUAGAGAAGAAUGUCAACCAUGGGAUUAUUAGUUGAUCCAAUACCAAAUUCUCUGAACUAACAUCAUAAGAAUUGUAUGGCAGAUAGUAAGGAGAAUUACUAAUUAGAAUUUGGGAGUGAAAGGGUUAAGGGUUAUGUUGGAGUAGGAGUUAUUUUUGGGCUGAUAAGGAGUGGCCAAGGCAGUGCUCAAGUAAUGAACUUUCAAUGUACAUGUAAUUUUGGUCUUAAAUACCCUGUAGAUUUUUUGCCAGCCAUACACCCUUUAGAAUGGGAACUGAGCCUACAUGUAUCAACUGAACUUAAGUGAGAUUGUGCAUAAAAAUGUAUUAUUAUGAGGUUUUUUUAAAAAUGUGAAAACCAAGUACCCAACAGUUUACAGUGUAUCCCCUAACUGUACAUAUUUGAGUGAUGGGAUGACUAAUUUUUAUGUACCAAAUGUGAUAUUCAGUCUCCAUCAAGUACACCUGUAACUUCACCUGCAAGCAACCCAACGUCCCAAUCAGUUCCUUCAUUUCAGUCUGGGUUAGAUGGAAUAGGAGGAUUUGACAUGCUUGGAAACUCAGGUAUUUUUUAUGCCCUAGCUGUCUUUUAUGCCCAGCCGUAUGAUUUUCAGACUGUUUCUUUUUACUUCUCUGUUAGGCUUGAUGCUUUUAAAUAUUUGUUGUUGUUGUUUUUUUUUUUGAAGAUGUUUAACUUAAAUGUUGGUUUUACAUUUGGUUGGUUUUUUUCCCUUUACUAUCUUAAGUAACCAGGCUGUAAGAAUGUCGAGACAUAAGGAUAGAAAACUUAGCAUGCCUUCAACCAUCCUGUAACUAUGUGUUGGUUUUUAGGCAGUUAAUAGAUAAACAGUUAGGUACAUUUUCACACACUCUCAGAUUUGCUUUCAACAAAAUUGCAGCUUUGACUCAUACUGCAAAUUUAAGAUUAUGAUUAAUGUUUUGUGACCAUUUUUUCAAAAUUGAUUAUAAUAUAUUAUUUUUCAGGCAACAUCCACCAAAUGUCACAACAGGUAAGUCUGAGGUGGACACAAUACAGUCAACACUCUAUUUCUACAAAGUAAAGGUCACUGUCACAUGACCUGUCCAACCCUAUUUGUGCAAUCUGAUAUAAAACCAUCAUGAAGGCUGACAUUUGUAGGGCCAGACAGGUUGAUGUGAGCUAGUCCAGAAGACAAUGUCUAGCCCUAUUGCAUUUGAACUGCUUUUUUUGGAAAUAAAAAGAAACCUUUUUUUCUGUUGUUACAAAAAAUUAGCAACAGUAUUAAAGAUUAACAAGGAAAUAACUCCUGUUUUUCAAUAAAUUGUAAUUUUCAUGGUCUGACUCGAAGCAAUAAAGGAAAAAUUUUUGUUGUAGAAUCUUUUUUGUGGUUUUUAUGGGUGUGCCAGUUGAUUGUCUCCCAUUUAAGUGAGAACAAACUUGUCACAUUUUUCAAAACUUAUUUCAGAUUCCGUGGUUAUAUGAUAAAUGCUGAGUUAGAUCAGGUUAGACAGGAAAAUAUUUGCCUCUCUUUGAAGAUGCACAUAGGCACAUACUUCAUGACCUUCUACCAAAUAUUUUCCUGUCUGGCCCUCCCGCUUAGUCAAUAAGUACAGAGUAUUUAUUUUAUUUAUUUAUCAGAGUAUUUAAGGUGAUAAACACAACCAUAACCUCAGGAACUAGUAUAAACAAUGUUUUUCAGUUAGUUAGCAACCCUUCUGGCAAUCUUGUUGAAACAUCACACUCUCCUCUCAAUUUUGAGUUUGAGUUUUUUCAUAUAGAGAUAAACUUUAUUUAAAAUAAUGGUUUUUUGCAAGAUACUUUUCCUUUGUUAUAGCAUAAUUUUCAUAUUAAGUAUUUAAUAAAAUAGUUAAUGAGGGCCCCACUGAAAACCGCUGUGGUGAGUUGGGCUCCCUCGUUAAAUACUAUUAUUAUUAUUAUUAUUAUUAUUAUUAUUAUUAUUAUUAUUAUUAUUAUGGCAUUUCUAAGUACUGUUUGUGUAUUUACGUCUGUGAACCAAGGUGAUUGUUUUCUUUUAAUCAUGCUAUAACCACUUUGAUACCUGUUUCAAAAAUCUUUUUUUUAUUACAUCAGCUCAUGUCCAACCCAGAGAUGCUAAGACAAAUGAUGGACAACCCAAUGGUACAGGUAAUGCAGCUAAAUUGCAAACAUUUUGUCUGAUAUCUUACAGCAGCAAGGUGGCACAGAAAACAUUCAGUACCCCUAGUAUUCUCAGCUUCUGCAUUAGGGAAUAACAAUUUUUCCAAUGACCUACCUUCUCUUAGAGUUCUAAAAUUUGUCCUCCUUGUUACCUAAUUAAUGCUUGCAAAAUAAUCACAGUUGAUGGCAUAUGGAGCACAUAUUUGACUAUGUUGACAUGAACACCUAUGAAUGCACUUGUUCAUUAUUUUAAUUUUUUUUCCUGGAAUUUCCUUUUAUUUUAAUUUUGCAGUUGUUGGUUUUGUUGAAUAGUUUAGUUUUCUAUCAAGCCCAACUCAGGGUGGAGUUUUACGUAAUCAAAGCUUAAGCAAGAGUCUUGCACACAUUUAAUGAUGUUGUUGUUUGCUGUGUCAGCUAAUGAAUAAUAGUUGAACCCACCACCUACUUUUACACUCCAGUAACAUUACUACAAUUGUUAAUUUUCCAUGGUCUUCUUUAACAGUAUUAUUGUGGUGAUAAUGCAUCUCUUGCAGUAUUAACUAAAUUCCAUGGAAUAUUGCAUUGCACAUAAGAAUUUUCUGGUACUUUGCUCCAUCUGAAUUUGGUUUGUGUUCCAAAAAUCUUCAAUUGUGUUUUUCAACAAGGACUGCAAAGGAAUAUUCAUUCAAAGUCUAGUUUUGAUAUUAUUGCUAGCUUCACUCUACGAUUGGGUGAUAUUUCUUGAGUUGAAGUAUGUUUACAGCAAAGAAGUAUCUUUAAAACAUCAAGUUUUAAAAACUUUCCUGCCUCCCCAAAAAUCUCACCAAUGGAACACUUCCAUGACAAAUGUUUUCCAUCUUGUGGUCACUUGGCACCCACAAAAAUAACUGAUUUCAAGUAAAGGAAAACCCUCCAUUACUCUGAAUUAUUACAUCAAAUUUGGCAUUUAGAUGAGUCAUUUGUGUAUUAAUGUCAUGAAAUUUUGCUAGUCACUCCUCUUAAAUUGUUUAUGUUGACAAUUUUCUUCCUCUCUUGUUACAGAGCAUGAUGUCAAAUCCUGAUCUUAUUAGGCAGAUGAUUCUAAGUAACCCACAAAUGCAACAAAUUAUUGAGGUAAUAGAGAAUUAAUUUUAAGUGAAAAUGACAUUUAACUUUUAAAAGUCAUAAACUCUAAUGCUCUAAGAUCAAGUUUCAUGGGAUUAAAAUGACAAGUUGUGCAUCCAGUUCUCCAUAAGAUUUCAACAUAAAACGGAAAAAGUGCAAAAUAUUUUGUAAAACAUUUUAUUUUUAUUGGGAAAAAUAACAUGGAGAAGACACUGCUGUUUAAAACAUAAAAUUCAGUCACUUGUAAAUCUGCAACUUACUCAUUAUCUCAAUUUGAAACAUUAUUAGACCUGCUGGGAUUAGUCCUUUCAUUGAAGAGUUGGGCAUCAAUUUUUAAAUAUUUUGAGUGUUUUGGAUUGAACCAACAUUUUACAGCAAGAGAUAGCAAAGUCAAUGUGACAUUGACAAAGCUCCUCCUGACUGAAUAAAUCAUCCCUGUGUGUAUGAAGGAAGACAGUUUUUAAUAGCUGGGAAGUCUCUUGGACUUCCAGCAAUUAUCUACAUCACUAUUAAUAGAGACUAAUUUUUGUCAAUUUCAAACUGUGGAGUGUUUUCACAUGAUGUUAUGACAGUCACAGUGGUGUUACUAAACAAUGAAAAGUUGGCCACAUUGGUGUUCCAAAUUAGUCCUACAGGAGUUUGAUUCUUUUUUAUACAAAUUCUUUCUUUUGUGUCAAUGGAAAACAAGAUAGCUUGUCACAUGAGUGAAAAGGCUCCAUUGUAAAAAGGAUGAAACACCUAAAAUCCUGAAUACAAAAAUUAAAUUUAUUCAUCUCUUGUUUCUUCCAAACAGAGGAAUCCUGAAAUCUCUCACAUUUUAAACAACCCAGAUUUGAUGAGACAGGUAAUUCAAAGAAAAUUUUACUCAAGCUCUAAUUUUUGAGAAAGUUGUAAUUUUAAUUGAAAUAGGUUUAGUGAGAAGAAAAGUUGUUGAAAAAGAAACAGAAGAGGUAGCUAUGAAAGGAUACACUGCAUGACAUCAAGGAGAGGGAUAUCACUAACUUCACAACUGUGAGCUAUUGAGUUAUAGAGAACUUCAUACAAAUCACAGCACACACAUGCCUUAGAAGUUUAUUGCAGCUGUUCCAUUGUUGGUUUCGGCAUUCUGUACUCAAAGGGAAGGAAUUUCCAAGUUGAAAUCAAGGGUAGUGACAGGUUGUUUGAAAUAUACACUAUAGCAGCUUAAGUGCCUGCGAUUACAGUGAAAGAAAGGAUUAAUGGAUUUUAUCUUACUUUUUAAUCAAUUUUGCUUGCUUUGGUCCAAAGCAUGUAAUGGAACAAUUUAAUUCUAUGGAAUCAUUGUUCAUGUCCUAUUACAUGAAUGCUUGAUUUUGUUAAAAGGCUCUCACCAAUGAUAAGGUUCUUCAUAAUACAGUUGCCUUGCAAAGAGCACAGUUUUUUAGCCUUCCCAAGCUGUCUGCAAGACCUCUUUUUGUGAAUCACUUUGGGCCAUUUUUCUUCAAGAUAAGUACUUACAGGGUUGAUGUAAGCUCUAUUGAAAGUGAAACAAAUCAGGGAAUUAAGGCUGAGUUAGUGAAGUGAUUAAGUAAAAGUAUCAAUUUGCAUUCUAGCCUUUUAUCAGAAUGCAAAUUAUGUACAAUUAUGAGGAUAAACUUUACAUGCUGUUUAAUCCCUCAUACAUGGAGCUCAUCCUUAGGUAAAAUGAUAAACAAAACUUACAUUACUUUACCCUAUAGACAAUGGAGAUGGUGCGAAACCCUUCUGUGAUGCAGGAGAUGAUGAGGACACAUGAUAGGGCACUAAGCAACUUAGAGGUGGUGUAUAAUAGAUUUAGGCUGUAAUCACUCAAAAUAAAACCUGUAGUAAUGAAUUAUAACAAUAUUGAUGAUGAUAAUUAUAAUAGUAAUUAAUAAUAACAAUAAUAAUAAUAGUGAUUGUGAUAAUGAUACAAUAUCAAUAGUAAUAGCUCUCAUACCUCUCACUCAGGAUGAUUUCAAGUUAUAUAAUAAUUAUUUAUUGGAUAGGAUGAGACCAAGCUCAAAUUCCCUAAACAAACUAAAUGAAAGAGAGAUUCCAGCCCUAUGAUUAAGCACUCUAAAAAGCAAGAACUUUUAAAUUCAUAUCCUUAACAUCUGGGAUUUUCAAAAGAUAUAAAUAAACACAUAGACCCAUAAACACAUAUUCUAUAGCAUCCCCACACAUAGCUGAAUAUAGUUAGUUAAUGAAAUAGGCAGACACACACAUGCAUUUAAAAUGCUCAUUUAAAUGUUAUAUGUGAUAAAUAUGUAACAGCAAACAUCAUUUGUAGGAUAAGAGAAGUGUUUUUUUUUUUUUGUAUUUUAAUUUUGUGAUGCAUGCAAAUGGCUUAGCACUAUUCAAUAAGUUGUUGUUUAUGUGCUAGUGUGAUUCCACAAUGAGAGUUACACAGUACCUCAAGGAAGUCACACCUACAUGGAUUUUAAAAAAGUUUUACUCUCUUUUUAUACGGUUAUUCUUUUGUGUCACAUGGAGGUUCUGAGGUGAGAUUUUCUUCAUUUUGUUCACUGACAGAGUUUACCAGGAGGUUUUAAUGCUCUGCAACGAAUGUAUACAGACAUACAGGAGCCUAUGCUAAAUGCUACACAAGAACAGGUAAAGUAUGGACCUCACUUGGUGAUCUUCUCACCACUGCUUGUUGACUGAUUACUUAUUUACCAAUUAGAAAGUAACAGAUUAGAACGCAGGAAAAAAGCUUAUAACAUUCUCAUCCAACUGAUGUGACUCAUUUUGACCUACAAAUCAUUUUUAAGAAUAGAGCAUUACACUCACUCACUUAAGAAGAUGAUGUGUACUAUGGGUUAACAAAAAGUAGUUUCUAGAGUUGAGUUCUGAUGCAGGUUCCAAACUAACUGAGCUCAUGCAAUAGGGCCCAAUUAGGUAUGUGGCUUCAUGAACUCGCACUAAGAAUACAUUAUCAUAUAAACUGCAGUGUUAUAUAAGGAUUUCCCUGAGAAAAAACAACAACACACACACGAAAAUGUGAUAAUUUUUCUUGUGUGUUUGAUAUGGCAAAUCAGCUGCUGAGACAUCACUCACCUUUUGAGCCACUCUGUCAUAUUAAUGAAUGAAAGGGGAAGCCUUCACCAUUUUCAACCCAAGGUUGUUUGUCAAAAUUUCUCAGAUUAUGGCUGGUUAAACUCUGAAAAAUUCAUUUUGCUUAAAGACAGUGACAUUCAAAAUUUCUUAGAAAAGGAAGAAAACCAAAAUACUCAAAGAAAAACCGAAGGUUACAUCCUCAGUGGCUUCGGUAAAGGCAUUUCUUGCAGCUACAAUAACUUCAUAGCUUUUCUUUGGGAUCUCACCCAAUGUUCCCCCAGUAGACAACAUGCAACUUUUGACCUCUUAAUGUCAUCCAGGUAUGUUUAAAACAAAAUUUUAGUUGAGACCAUAUACUUCAAAGGGCUUUCUUUGUAAACCUUGGAAGAAACUUAUUCUCAUGUGACAUAAUGAAACAUUUUGAGAAAGAUAGUUAAACUUUAUAUUUCUUGUUUAAAGAUGCUAAUUAACAAAUAAAGAAGCCUUGACUGUGCUCUGUUCUGUUGUAAAGCAGUUAGAAGGCGGUUAGAGCACUCAAGAAGUGGAAAGAAACGCUCAACUACGCCUUGUGUUUCUCCCUUUAAUCUUUCGUGCUCUAGCCACUUCCUGCAUGCUUUAUAACAGAACAGAGCACAGUCAAGACUUCUGUAUUUGUUUUAUAAUAAAAAAUCCAUUAAAUUCCCACACAUUUAUUUCAAUUUUCUAAACAAAAGUGAACACUAGUGUCGUCAGCAUGCUCUAUACUCAUAAAGCACACUACAAUAAGCCAAUCAGAAUCCCAGUUAGAAUGGUUCAAAUAAUCUGAUUGGCUGCACAAGACUACAGCUGUCAAAAAUGUCAAACCAUUAAAGUUCAAAACCAUCAAAGUUCACAUUCUGCAAUAGUUUACAAACUGAAAUAGUUCAGCAGGUAGAAUUUAACACUUUUGCUUGAAGAGUUUUAGUUUAUAAAAUAUUAUUAUAUUAGUUUUUUAUAAUACAGAAUCUGAAAGUGAAAUGUUCAGUGAAAUCCAGCCAGAUUGUGGCUCAUAAAAACACAAGUUUUUUCACAUGAUAAUUAGAAAACAAACUUCUCAAGAUGAGUGUUUUAUGAAUGAACAACAGCCAAAAUUCACCAGAACUUGAAGAUUGCUCAGGAUGACUUUGGCUGCAGUGAUUGAUUUGACCUUCCACUCAAGGCAUUGGAAAGGGCAUCAGAGCAAGCUCUUAGUUGUUUAUUGGAAGGGUGGCUAAUUUAAUUUCUGAGACUUGGUUCACUAUGAUGACCAGAGAUUGUCAUGAUGAGCCAGCCAUGAUGGACCUCAGCAUGAUCAUGUCAAACAUAGUACAAUUUACUCUACAACUAUACUCUCACAGAGCAUGAUCUAUCAACCAAUGACAGUGUGCGUUAUAUCUGAACUUUACUAUAAAUGCUGAAUAGUCUCCAGAGAUGCACUUUUAUUCCAACUUAAAAUAUUAAAGCAAGAAAUGCAUUUGCCCCCCAAGUAACUUAAUUAUUGAUAAACUGUCUAUGAGAGUAUGACAGAGAAGUUUUGUCUUCUGUUAUCCCCUUAUGGAUAUCAUAGCAGACAAGGUAAGACUUCUAAACCAAAAAGAAAAAAAACUUCUUUUAAACGUCGGGGCAUUUUGUGUUGUUAGUAAAUCUUUAAUCCCCAAAAAGAUCAGUUACUCGUACGCAUAAUGUCACGCAUAUACAGCACAGUAAUCACAACUUGCAAGUACUUUAUGCUUGCACCACACUGUGCAUAAAGGUUGAAAAUGGAAAAUCUUCACUAUUUUUAUGUGAGCACACUUAUAUACCCAACUUGUUAAAGAAACUUCCUCCUGAUGAAGUCUGCUAUUGUCAGACAAAACACGUAGGAGAUUAAAACAGGUUUGUACUACUUCAGUUCAUUCAAAGUUAAAAGUUUCAUAUAAAAAGAUAAUUGCUGAGGUUUCUAUUGCUUCCACUUAAUUUUAGUUGCUGUUCUACCUUAAACUCAGGUAAAGUUAUUUUCAAGUGGAUCCCAAGGGCAUGUUGAAGAGUAAAUUACAUUUCAUUACAUUUCAGAUGGAACAGUUGCGAUGAACUUGUAAGGUUAGAUUAUAAGUACACGUAUGGGUAUGAAUGUAAACUGAUCAACAACUGUUUGUAGUUACAGCGUGCACAGAAUAAUCCAUUUGCAGCAUUAUUUGGCGGAACAUCAGGUAACAACCACCAUAAGUAGCAUAUAGUUUUCAACAAAUCAUAAGAAAAAAGAUCUUUCAAACUUCCUGACCCUUCAAACAUUACCACCUCAAUUGUUACAAGAAAUAGCUUCUCUCAGCCAUGCAAUACUCCUAUCUAUAAACAGACCAUAACUUCCAUCAAUAGGGUGUCAUGAUCUGUGAAACACUAUUUAUCUCUAAUUAGCAGUUUUUAUUCUUGAUACUGUAGCCUCUGGUGUUACAUCAAAUCAAUCUUCAAACCCUCAACAAGGAACAGAAAACACAUCUCCUCUUCCAAACCCAUGGUCUGCUACACCUCAACCAAGUCAACCACUAGUGCCUCAGACAUCUACACCUUCUAGUGCUUCUACGGCUACUACUACUCCUGUGUCCAGGUUGGUCUUGAAAGUAUUCAUGUUUACUCUACAAUGGCAUGUACUUUAAUGUUCAUUCACAAGAAAGUUAAGAUAAAGGGAUUAAUUGAUUUUACAUCUGUGAAGUGCCUAAGCCUUUGUCACUGAUAAACAGCUGGAUUGGUUGUGCUCAAUGUAGUAUUUCAAUCAGGUAAUUCUUAGUGUUAUGAUGUGCAUCUUAUACAAGAAAUUGCAAAAAACUUUAUUUGGACCAAGUAGACUGAUUAUCAAAGGGGAAUAGGGAAAUGAUAGUGUAACCUGAAGCUCAAUAUGUAAAAGAUAUAUGGCAAUAAAACUGGUAAGUAGAAAACAGAGAACAGUUAUAAUUACAUUUAUAAAAGAUUCUACUCUCUCAAUUUGUUUAGAGCCCUGUCUAAAUCAAUAAACAAUUAAAAAGUUUUUAUUUUAAAAGUUUUUAUUUUAAAAGUUCUCUGUAUAAAGCAGACAUGACAUUCUUUGGGAAGCUCAUCCCUUUCCUUUCCAGUGGGGUAUAGAAAUGUGGAUUGGCCCUUUACAGUUUUGGUUCUUGGGAGAUGGAGUUCUCUACUGUUUCUCAGGGCCCUAGUGCCUUGGAGUUGGAAUGUUUGUAUGAAAUAUUCUUGUUGUUACCAGCAAUUAUUCUAUGUCUGUUUCAAAAUGUCAAGUGAUUCUGAAAAAUAUCUGGUUUUGAAGUGAACAAAUUUUGUAUGUGUUUAUAUGCUUUCAUCCCCUACUAGCUUUGUGAGUCAGCCCCCUGCCCCUUGGGUUAUACUAGCUUGCCUUCACUUUCACCAGCUCACCCAAAAAUCUUCCAACUUGUUUCUGAACAGCAGCAUGGUGUAAUCAUUUUCUGUAGAAAUCAUUGAUAAGUAUUUUGAUGAACAUGUAAUUCAAUGGCAAAACCAAAAAAAAAGUUAAAUCAAUAAAAAAUUCUUGGUAUGUAAACUGACACACAAUUCCUGCACAAGUAAUGCAAUACCACUACAUUACUUUAGUCUUAAACUAACUGGUUUGACCCAAUUUUAUGCUUUUGUCUGUCUCAUAUUUCAAGAAAUACUUCUAAGAACAAACUAAAUAAAGAUGGCUCUUUUAGGAGUAAUAUAUAUUUUAAACAAUGACUAACAUAUGUAUUUCAUUGUGUAAUGCUCGCAAUUGUGUAUAUUUGGGCCUGGUAUUUCAAAGCCACUUUGCAUGCUUUUGUAGUCCAGAGUUAAACGUAGAAAAACAAGGAAUUCAACAUUGAUCAAACAUAUUUACGAUUUUGUUAGAAAAAAAUACAUGAUCUGAUCUAAGGGAACAAGUUGAAAGAAUUGGUGCUAACUGAUUAAGUUGGAAGCAAACUUGUUUAACUGUGGGGUGGGGGACUUGUUUAACUCCAGAGGGAGAACUUGUUCAACUACAGGGGCAAACUUGUUUAACUUUGGGCAGGCAAACUUGUGUCACUGCAGGGGGCAGACUUGCAAUUUGGUGAAGCUAGGCUUCAAUCCCUGGAAAAUAAUGGGCAAACUCUCAGAUUUCAGUAGUGUCAAACAAUUCAAUAACACUGUUUAUGUUAGAGCAGAUCAUUUUUACAGCUUGUGUAAACUAUAACAUUUCUAUUUAAUUGUUACUGUCAUAUUGAUUUCAUUUUAUGCCCAAGCUCAGAUUUUUCAUUGACUAUGAAACCAACAUAAUUUUAAUAAUUAACUGAAAUUUCUAAACAAACAUCUAACAACAUCAAGAAGGUUCAGGGGAAACGUGUGUGAAUGUUACCCAGUGGCCAGCCAUACAGCCUCAGCAUAAUUCUAAUCACUAAAUAAUUCACAUUUGGUCUUUUUCCUUUUGCUUUUUGUUUCUCCUUGAACACUGGAGCAACAAUUUUACUACUAGGGAUUAAGUUAAGCAAUAAAUAUAGACAAAAUAAGUAGUUUUAAGAGAUUAUCAAAUAAUGUCAACAGUCACCAUUGGUCUUGAAUUGAGUAGCUAGUGUUUAGAAAAUAAUAUGAAUUUUAUCCUUUUCAGUGGUGGUUUUCACAGUUCUUGUUUCUACUCAGAAACCAAGCUCUUCAUGUGCUUUUUUUCAGUGUUGGUAACAAUUCAAGCCCUAACCCAUCUCAACAAGAAAACACCAUGACAAGCAUGUUCCAGACACCAGCCAUGCAGUCCUUGAUGCAGCAAAUGACCAGUAACCCAGCCUUGUUUCAAAACAUGAUGCAGAGUCCUUACAUGCAUGACAUGAUGGAACGCAUGCUACAGAAUCCUGAACUCAUGGCUUCUGUAAGUUGAUAUGCAAACUAAACCAACUAAAUCAAUUAUUUACUGAUAUCAUAGUUUCAAUGGGGUUUUUGAAUCUCUUCAAAAGUGACAAAGAGAAUUUAUUUGGAAGUGUAUUUUUUGGUUUUGUUUUCAGUGUUUUGUUGGGUUUUUUUUUUUCUAUUCUUAGAAUGUCUUGGCCCAGUACAGCACUGGUAUAUGUUAUCCUUACUUUAAGUGUUAUGUUUUGGAACCACAUUCUAACUUUACACUGUAACUCUUAUGACUUAUGCAACUUAAAACUGGAUUGAUUUGCAGUUUAAGAAUGGUAAAUUAAUUUCACUGAAUGCUGAAACAAAAUAAUAAGCUUACUUCAAAUGAAGCUUUUCUGGAUUUUAAAGUUUGUGAUGUUGUUAAGGUGGCUUGAAUUUCUUUCAAUUUUUCCUCAAGCAACAAUAGUUAUUGUUCUAAGGAUCAGUACUACUCUAGCUUUUCCUUUGUUUCCCUGAAAGUCUUUUUACAGCACUGUAGAAAGAUUGAUCAUGAUAUAGUGAUUGUAUUUCAGCAGUUAGUAAACAGGAUGAUCAAAGUCAUUUUUGAAUUACAUUUUCUGAAAGCACAAAUUAAGAGUAUUUCUAGUGGCUGCGGUGUUUCAAUGGUAAUCAGAUAUUCCAAAACGUUUUGACACAACUUCAUGAGAACCAAUUUUGCUUUUUUUCAUGCCAUUUCCUAGAAACAAAUUAGUGGUAUUGUUUACCCAUUCAAGAGUAAAUGUUUGGAAAUAGCCCAACCAUUUUGAGCCACCUGAAAUUAUGUUUUAACCUCUGUUUGCUUGAAUUACAAAAAAAUAAAUAGACUAAGAGAAAUGUGUGUUUCUUGUUUAUUGCUUCUUGUUUCUCCAACAGAUAAAUAGAAAUCUGCUAGAUCCAUUUUUGAGAACCAUUUUGAGUCCAAGUGUUAAGUUCUUCUUUAUACCAUAGACACUAGAAUUAGUGGACAGAAAACUAAAUGGCUUGUGCAGGAAAAAAAAUAUAUUUUAUGAUGAGGAAUAAAACCUCCAACCUUCAAAUUCUAUGACCCUACACUGAGCCACUGGUCCACAGAGACUUUACAGUGACUUAGGCCAUUGCUAGGUUCAUAUGUUUCAUAUAUUGUUCCUCUUCUUACAGUUUUUUCCUCCUGUCUUGUAGAUGAUUAGAUCAAAUCCAAUGUUUCAAGGAAAUAGCCAGCUAGCAGAUCAGGUAGAGUGGUGUAACCUAAUUUUUUAAGAUUUCCUCUACACAAGCUGAUACAAGUUUGGCUCGCUUUGUUGACAUCAUAUAACCACAAAAGAAAACAAACUUUUGGACUUAAAAUGUGUUGUGGUUAGCUUGCUAUCCUGUGAGGGUAUCAUCAUGUUAUCAGGUAUGAACCAAUUGACCACCCACCAGGCAGUUUGUUCUGUCAUUAGUGAGCAUUAAAUUUCAUUCCUUCAAUUUAUAUUUUUUUAGAAACAGUCCAUGAUUACAGAGGAAAUAAAUCUCCCUAGGUUCAUGAUUUUUUUUGUAUGUGACAAAGUCAUUAAUGCAUGGAUAUAACCUUCACACAAAUUGUGACCCUCCAUGUAAUUUCGGGGACAAAGGUGAUAACACGCUCACAACACGCCAAUACAACACGCUUAGCGUGUCCAAUGUGCGUAUGUAUUAUACACUAUGUUCUGCUUCAGUCAAGUUAGCACGCUUGGUCUUUGUUUUGGUCAAGCGUGAUCGAUGUCACGCUUAGCGUGCAAGUUAACACAGGUUAACACAGUUAAAAGCUGUAACCUUCACGCUGAAGUCUCUGAUUCAACCCUCUCUAAGAAAAUUUUCCCAUGACUUAACCGUAGGGUUAAAUAAUUUUUAACAUUAUUAAUCCUAAUUUGUAGUGCAGAUGCAUCAAAAGGUGUAUGUAGAGGUUAUAUCUUUCAAUUGCAAAAUAAAAAAAAUUGAAGAAAGAUCAUUACUGUCAGAAACUCGUGUAAAGUGCUUGUGAAAAAAGCUUAAGCUGAGGAGGCUAAUUUUAGCCUCAGUUUUGCAUGAUGGUCUGAGUCAAACAUUGGUGGCAAGGUGACUUCUCUUGGUGGCUACUUAACCUUAAAUUUUGACUACAUUGUGACUUUAAUCCUAUUGUUAAGAUGAAAACUGCAUGAAUGACAAACUUUAUAUUUUUAUAGGUUGCAUCAAGACUUCCAGAAUUUAUGCAGCAGGUAAGAUAGUUAAGUUAAUCAGUUACAUUGGAAAUAUUUUCCGAUCAGAUCAUUUGUCCCUGAGGUUUUUUUCUCUUAGAUAAACCCCAAUGAAACCCCCAGAUAGAAAGGACUCAAUAAUAUCUUCGGGGAAAAUAUUCUUGCCUAGAGAUCUUUAAUCAUAUUUUAUUUCUUUUGCAAAAUGUCCAUGCUUCGAGAACAUUGCCUCCUAGUGAAAGAUGGUUUUUUGUCUCACGGAAACUUCAACAUCCGUGGCUUAGUUGUUUUAGAAAACGCUGACACUGUCAUUGAUGUUGAUGUAUUUCCUAAAACCUCAUAGGCAAUAAAAAUAAUUCCCAUGAUUCGAAUAUGUGAAGGGAAAAAGUUAGGAGGCUAUAGGAUAAAUCAAUAAAGGGGUAAGUUUCUAAAGAAACUGUGGUGCUGCGUCGGUGGGAGAGUAUAGCAGGUAAUUUAGUGUUAACAACUGGGUUGAAAACGUAAAUUAGCCACCAUAAAGGGUAAAAAAGCUGACGUUUCGAGCGUUAGCCCUUCGUCAGAGCGAUAGACGAAGGGCUAACGCUCGAAACGUCAGCUUUUUUACCCUUUACCGUGGCUAAUUUACGUUUUCAACCCAGUUGUUAACACUAAAUUACCUGCUAUAGGAUAAAUCAUCAUGAUAUCUAUUUCAGUUUUCUAAACCGCUUCAAAAUUCUUUAUGCCUUAGGCAUAGGCAGUGUGUACCCUUUAUUACUACCAAUUCACUUAUCAGAAAUACCUGACUUUCAUUGGCAUUUAAACAGAUGCAAAAUCCGGAUUUCCAGCAAGCCAUGACUAACCCUAGAGUGAUGCAAGCCUUGAUGCAAAUACAACAGGGGAUGAUGCAGCUACAAGCAGAGGCACCAGGCCUAGUACCAGGAGUGGGGUGAGCUAAGCAGGCUGCUGAGCCCCUUUGAAGCAUACUUUAAAAAUUUGCUUAGUUAGAAUAUCAAAACGAAUUUUAGAGUGUCAGAGGAAUCGUUGCUAAUUCAGCAAAAACAAAAUGGAGGGUUCUUCUGAACCCAGAGACGUAAACGGAAUGUAUUUUGGCCGCCGUUUUAAGUCCCACUAAACUGCCAAUCUUUAUUUCUCUAUAAAAAUGCUUUUGAUCAACACCACUCAAUAGGAUAAUUUGCAGUUAGCUUUUUGAAAAACAUCCAGAGUUGCAAAAUUAAUUGCCUUUGCGAAAAGGAAAUUGUAAAUUUCGAGAGUCAAUUUUUGUGAAUGGAGGAAACAGGAGAACCUGGAAAUCUGAAACUCAACAAUAUAUGACACCAGGUGCUGGAAACAGAGUGUUACAGCAUUUCCCUUGGUUGUUUCUCCUUUCAUUUGAUAUCCACGCUUAACUUAUCAAUGACUUUAAUGACAUUGAUGGGUAAUCCUGGAGUGAGCAAUCAAACGUUUCCAUAUAUAUUGUAAUCUCGCUCUAUGCUUAAGUUAGUCAAUUGAGUAACUCCUUUUCUGUGAGUUCCAUUUCUGAACCAAGUAAACUUAAUCAAACAAACCAAACAAAACAAAACUCGAUCCAUCGGAUUUUGUUCGCCUGAGUUCAGUCUUUUGAACAAAAUGAAUUCAUUCUUUUCCUGGUUGUACCAGUUCCAAACCAUUUGCUUUUAAGUGAAGCAGUCGAUUUAAACUGAACUCAGGGAACAGUUUCCUCUGAAUUCUGCCAUGAAUGAACACAUUUACACACACAUUGUAAUAGCACGCCAUGACAGUAGGAUUUUUGUGAUAAUGUCUCGAGAGCUUGUUCCAGUCGAGGCCUGGUAUAUUUCAUGAUGUAGUAGAAAUUAUACUCUUCCAAGGCAGGAAGACUUACACAAUUUAACUAGAGGACAAGAAGUAAAAGUCUCGUCAAGAUAAAGGUUUAUCUUGAAAUUUAGAUUUUAUCAGAGCGAAUUUGUUAGACAAUCACGGCGUUUUAAGGGUUCUCGAAGUCAUCAAACAACAAGAGUAGGACGCCAAAAAACUUGAAAGUACAAAGCAGAGUUUCAGUCAACGUUCUAAAUUGAAGUUCUACUUGAAACAAUCAUCGUGAAUUCAACUGAAGAAGGAGGUAGCACAACUUUCAGGAUAUCUAUCUAGAACUCCAGGAGUCCGUUAUUUCCUGCAAUGAAAGCCUGUCACAGCCUCCAAUGCAAUGAGAGCUUACUGUACUUCAAAUACCUGAAAAAUCGAGGGAAUUUCUUCCUCUGAUGCUGAACGGAAACAUGGAGGUUAUAGUGACUUUUAAACUCAUUUGGAGAAGACCUGGCUUUUGGAGUGGCUUGUGGACGACCCAGUAGCCCAAAGCACAUACUGUAGCCCGCAAAUCAUUGACCAAUAACGUAGAGUCUAUUCAAAUCUAAAAUCCAUGUGGACACGGGGCGUCACCGAACUGAGAACUGAGUACAGCUGUUUGUAUUCAGAAGUUGUCAAUAAUGCCUGAAAUCACAAUUAACCUCUUGAACGUCAUUAAAGUUUGCAAAUAUUGGUCGCUUUGAGGAGAUUCUCAGUCGAAGGAGUAUCUCAUCUGUUGAAUGGAAUCGCUCUAUAGGCUCAACAGUUCAGUCUUGAUUAUACUCCACCUGAGGGGAUGCCCACCAUUGCAAAGUCAAAGCAUCAAAAUGUUCACAUUGUAUAGGAUAAGGAAUUCCCAUUUUCACCUCAGGAUACCCCUGAUGACUGCCAUUCAGAACACAUGUGGAAGUAACCUCCACACAGAUCAAGACAAAUGCUUUGAAGAUGACUCUUCUGUGAAUCUUGAUGCGCCUACAUGGCAUAGAGAAUGCCAACAUGAGUAGGAGGACUGGAUUCAAUGUUGUGGUACAAAAUAAAGUGCAAGUCUCUAAGGAUAAUGUCAGAUAUCUCCCAAUAAUAGAUAUACUAGCUAAUGACAUGUCUACAAUGUUUGAAGUACAUCGUCAGUCGUUAAAGAUUGGAACGAUCUCAAGCUUUACACCAUCGACGUCGUUUUUGAUCGCGUCAAGCACUUUACGUUAGUGUUACAGAAAUCAAAUGGAUCAAUGAUCACAGUGCUCUUAAAAAAGUAGAAUUGCUAGAGGUGAAACAGAUGUACAGUUCUUUACAGUCAACACUACAGCUUGGUGGAGACAUUUCAGAGCCAAGGGAUGUUGCUUGUGAUCUGUUACAAACCAAAGAUCUUGGAGAAAGAGCCUACCGAUGUUUCAGCUAGGAAAGGCCAGAAGUAAUCCCUCCGGAAGUCAAACUUUAAUAUUAUAUCGAAGAAGAUUGUAACUGAAGCUGACCAUGCCUUAGUUGUACAGAAGCAAGGCAACUAAGCAUGAAGGAGGUACCAUACUAUUGUAUGCAAGUAACAUCUUUCGCUAAAGAGUUGCUGAAAUGUACUUCAUCGAUUGAAAAUAUGCUAACCCAGUCGCCUUGCGUUAUCGAUGGUAUGGCAAAUGUUCAGAAGUUAAACAGUGAUCAAAAGAUUUUUGGCAGCAGUUGAACAGGUUUCUGCGGAACCCCGAGACCAUGAAACAGCUGAUGCAUUACAUCAUUAGCGAAUGGAGGAAAAUCGUUUUAGUGUCACGUUGGGCAGGAAAAAAGUACACUGCACAGUAGGAGAAGAAUGUUAUGAAAUGGCGUCAGAUUUGGGUCAGCAUUUUGUGAAGAGCUACGAUCUUUACAAUAGGAAGUGGACACGAGAAUGGAGCCAGGAAGAAAUUUCAUUUCCACAGUCUCGAUAGUGUCUGCCAUUUUAUCCAGUUUGACCAUUUUAACCAGUUAAACCAUUUUAGCCAAUUCGCCCAUUUCAACCAGUUGGACCAUUUCGUCUACUUCUACCAUUUCAACCGGUUGGCCAUUUUAUCCAGUUAAAGCAAUUCAACCAGUUGGACCAUUUCAACCAGUUCAUUACAAGGAAGGAUGUUGCACAUUUUGUGGUGAUCUAUCUUUCUAUUGCUAACACUGUGGAAAAUGGUUCUGACAGGUGAAUUAAACGUGAACGAACGGAAGAUUGGCCAAUUCUUUUUUAAAAAAUAAAGAGUCUUAAUGAUGUGGAAGAUUCAUUUAAGACAUAAAUGAAUGUUCCUUUUUGAGGGCAUAACGUCAAAAGCUCAAAGAAGUUCCUGGUGAGAUAAUUUUAGUCUCUGUUUCUUUCAUUUUUAGCCUUACUGGUGGCUCCUCUCCCGCAAUGAGCACAAGUUCAACCACUUCUCCAGGCAACAACAUGACCACACCUACAUCGCAGACAUCAGGUUUGUUUGACUAAGGUUUUGAAUCAUUAAACAAUGCAAAUUUUAAAUUUUUGAUAGACUAUUUUAAAAAGCAAGAGGUAUAUUCUAAACACCUUAUUGUUUUGUCUAAGCUAUAAGACGGUAUAUACAAUUAUGGCACUGAACGCGCUUUUAGGUUGGAAAGACCUUUCCAACCUUGAUGAACUCUGUAUGUGAAAAUCAUUUUGCUCACCGCCAUUUAGAACCUUGUCCAGCAACCCAAUGAGAGUGUUACUUCUCCUUUUUUUCCCUCCAAUAAAAACUGUAUUGUCUUGAGCAAUGUGCUUCUGCCAUAACUAAAUCAACUCCUUCUGGUUGUGUUUCUCGUCAUCUGGGUGGAACUUUGCCUCAUCAAUUUUUUUUCCAAGUUAACAAGUUGAUAUAGAGCGAAGUUCACACAUUUAAAGACAGAUGACACGAUUGGCUCACAAUUCAACACUUACCUACCUUAGCGUGCUACAUUUACAGUACAAUUUUUAUCUGGGUUACUACUUAGUUAUUACUAAGGAUUAAUGAUGGUUUCUGGAGAGUACCUCUCGCCCAGUCUGGUUAGCCAUUUAAGUCACUUUAGUAGCCCCUCUCAAUUAACGCAUUACUCCAUGAACUACCUUACUCUACAGCAUGUAGAAUGUUUUUUUCGGUGGAACUCUAUGAAUACCUUUCACUGAGAACCACUCAAUUAAAGGAUUGGUUUUGGUACAUUACAGUGAGAUUGUAGUGGUGUAUAUUUUUUGUACUUUAUUUAUUUACGUAUUUAUUUAAUUUGUUUCAUUUACUUAUUUAUUUUAAAUUACUUUUGCUUGUAAACUGGUCUUGUUUGAUACACUGCAUAUCUAGGAACACAAGGUGAGACACAAAGGCCAAAUGCUGGAGGUACUCCGGGAACCACUCAAGGGGUUCCUCAGGGAAACCCUAUGGCGCAGCUCAUGUCCCAAAUGAUGCGGCAGGUAUUAUUCUUGAAAUGACCUUUGGCACGCAUUUUGGCUGAUUCUCUGAUUUUUAGUGAAAGAGACAACAAAACAUUAUUUUUUAAUUUUCGGUCGCUGCGUCUAGUUAAAAUGAACACGUCUCAGUCAAUUUAUAAGCCGUCCUCCCUUGCCAACAACUUUAAGACCGGUAGAACAGAAGAAAUUUAUUGGGAAGAGGAAAGUUGGAAAUCAACGAAAAAUGCCACAACUUGUACACUGUAUUGUAGUGAAAGAAGUCAUGGUUUGAUUGUCAUGAAACAUCACCCCUUAUGUUUUCAGACUCAAAAUCCUGAGGUCGCCUACCGCGCGCAACUGGAACAGUUGGCUCAGAUGGGAUUUGUAGACCGGGCUCGGAAUAUCCAAGGUUAGACCUUUGAUGCGUGGACUUUUGUUCAGUAGGCAAUAACUUGCUAACUGAGCUUUGCCUUGCGAUACGUUGCUGAAUUUUACUUAAGUUUACUUUGCUGUUUGCUCUAAUGUCAGAGAAGGAGGUUAGAAGUGACUGGGGAAUUGCGAAUACUUAAACCAAAAACAUUACAUUACACACAUUUCUGGAGAUUUGUGGAUUCCUCUUUACAAAAAGUAACUAGUGUGCGUUUCCAUUUCAGCUUUAGUUGCAACUGGCGGCGACUUAAAUGCUGCAAUUGAAAGACUGCUACAAUGAAGACGGAUUCAAAUAUAUUACUAACCUAUGGAGGGAAAAAACUGUCAGAAUUAGAGAUGAAAAGGGGCAUACUUUGUCCUUUCUGUGCCUUAUAAACAGUGUAAAACAAAUAAACCGCGCCCGUACUGUGCCAGCCAGCAAAAAGUAUGGGAACUAAUCAGCAGUAAUAGAAUGGAAAAUCGUUUUGUGGAAUAGCUGUCUUAUAAUACAUAUUACUUAGGCAUCACACAAUACAAAUGUGCUAGACUAGCUUAACCUUAUUACAAGCUCUAGAAGAUCAUUAUUGAAUGUCAUAUUCAGAAUCAUGUGCCCAUUUUCCAUGAGGAUAGUGUUUUUGAUUUAACUUAUCCCACAUCUAGAAACUACAAGGAAUUUUUAUGUCACCUUUUCUACUUUGAAAAUGUAAAUGAAGAAAAGCUAUUAGAUGUUGUGAUUCCCCAAUAAAAUAAGGAAUAGUCUUUUUUGGUGAAACUUCAAGUAACCAUGAAGAUCUCACAGAAGCUUUCUGCCAGUCAUCGCCAAUUCCUUCCUUUGGGGCUUGAUAAAAAAUGCGAAGCACGAACAGCACUAAUUCAGGUUUGAUUGUUACAACGACUUGUUGUUUUUGUAUACAACUUAAUCGGGACAAGUUAUUGGGUUUCGAACUAAACCAGCUAAGUAAGUUUGAGUUGCUUGAACAACAUCCGGUUGAAAAAGUUUUGUAGGGAACAGCUACUGUGUGGAUUAUUUGUGCGCCUUGGAUUUCACCAAACUGAAGACUGAUAGAUAAACUUGGUCAGAAAAGGUAAUAGAACAUGAAAUAUUAUGCCAGACAAAUUCUUGUGAAUGGCGAAGGACCCUCAGAGAAUGAAAAGAGGUAAAUAGGUUAGGAGAUAUUUAACACCAUGCUCAUGCUUUGAACUAGGCUCUUACUCCUUUCUAGUGGAAGUAGUGAGGUGAAAGUAACUUCAAAUAUGAGUGUGGAAUAUGCGCCGUUUUCACUAAAUGUCACUCCGCACAUCGUAUCAUCUUAAGGCCACCAGUUGUACAUUUUAAGCGGCCCUUAUGGGAAAUGUUUGGAGAUUUCCAUGAUUCCUUGGGCACAAUUCAUCUGGCUUUUCUCAAAUUGUUGAUGAAAAUUCGCAAUUCGCUUUCUCGAACAGGUUAUCCUGGAAAACGUGUUAAGUUACGAUAAAAAAAAAGGAAAACAAAGUCAUAAUACUCAAGGACUUAGUAGAGGUCUUGAUAAAAGUCAAUGACUCGAAAAAGGGUUAUGAUUCGUUAAAGUGAUGUUGACAGUGCCGUUUACGGUGCAUUUGCUAUAGACUUGUAGUUUGCUCCUUGGCGACCACAGCACUGUGAAUCUGUGAAUGAUAAUUAAAAUACCUAUAGAAAAGACUCAGGUGUGCUGGUGUCAAUUUAAAAAAAAAUAAAAAAAAAAUAAAAAAAAAUAAUAACGAAAGAGAAUCCACACGGUCUGAUAUCAAAUUCAACUCUAUU